GCUAGAGCGGGCAGAGCCAUGGGCGGGCACUAGAAUGAUGGCAGCGACAGGAGCGCUGGGCUCGGUACUAUGUGUCCUGACAGGGGCUUCCCGGGGCUUCGGCCGCACUCUGGCCCAUCUGCUGUGUCCCCGGCUCCUGCCCGGCUCAACCCUGCUGCUGGUGUCCCGCACGGAGGAGGCGCUGAAGGGACUGGCGGGGGAGCUGGCACACAAGUACCCCGGGGUGAGGGUGCGCUGGGAAGCGGCCGAUCUGGGCACCUCUGAGGGUGUGAGCGCCGCUGUGCGGGCAGCCGGGGAACUGCAAGUGGGGGCAGCGCAAAAGCUUCUCAUUAUCAACAACGCAGGAUCCAUCGGAGAUGUCAGCAAGAUGUUUGUGGACUUCUCUGACCCAAAAGAGGUGACCGACUACAUGAUGUUCAACGUCUCCUCCCCUCUGUGCCUUACUGCAUCGCUGCUAAAGACUUUCCCACGGAGGCCGGACCUGCAGCGGGUUGUAGUCAACGUCUCCUCUCUAGCGGCCCUCCAGCCAUUCAAAUCCUGGGCUCUGUACUGCUCGGGGAAGGCUGCGAGGGACAUGAUUUUCCGGGUACUGGCAGAGGAAGAGAAGGAUGUCCGGGUCCUCAACUACGCCCCAGGGCCCCUGGACACUGACAUGCACGUAGUGGCUCGUACCCAGACGGCCGACCAGGAGCUGCGGCGCUUCUUAAUGGACCGGAAGGAAAAGGGCAAGAUGGUCGACAUCCAGGUUUCUGCUAAAAAGAUGUUGGAUCUUCUGGAGGCCGACGCCUAUAAAUCUGGCGACCAUAUUGAUUUCUUCGACUAGCGCCAAUGGGAGCCAUGCCAGGCUGUGCCAACUGGAUAUCUCACUGCCACAGGCAACACUACAUUUCUACUGGAUGUAACUGUCAUUGGUCAUUUCUCUCCCCGUGUAACACUGUCAUUGGUCAUUUCUCUCCCCGUGUAACACUGUCAUUGGUCAUUUCUCUCCCCGUGUAACACUGUCAUUGGUCAUUUCUCUCCCCGUGUAACACUGUCAUUGGUCAUUUCUCUCCCCGUGUAACACUGUCAUUGGUCAUUUCUCUCCCCGUGUAACACUGUCAUUGGUCAUUUCUCUCCCCAUGUAACACUGCCAUUGGUCAUUUCUCUCCCCAUGUAACACUGCCAUUGGUCAUUUCUCUCCCCGUGUGUAUAACUGUCAUUGGUCAUUUCUCUCCCCGUGUAACACUGCCAUUGGUCAUUUCUCUCCCCGUGUGUAUAACUGUCAUUGGUCAUUUCUCUCCCCAUGUAACACUGCCAUUGGUCAUUUCUCUCCCCGUGUGUAUAACUGUCAUUCAGGCCCAGACUGGCAUUCAAAAUUGACCCAGAGGCCCUAACAGCCCCCCCCAGCAGCCCAAUAAAUAGUGAGUGACUAUGGCACCUUACAGCAGCCCCUCUGGCAUUUGCCGGAACCCACAGAUUGCCAGUCCGGGCCUGACUGUGAUUGGUCAUCUCAUAAUGUUUCCUUUUACACUCACUGUAAGUUGUUAAUUACUCAGUCACUGCCAGCAAGGAGAUAUAAUGAGCUAAUUACACACUGGUGCCAAAUCCAAUGAAGGCAGAGCAUAAAGUUUAAUAAAUGGGAGAUUUUAUUUCUUGUAAUUAAAUCCCUUUCCUUGUAACCCGGCUGCUCUGUGUUUGUUCCUCAGUCCCAGCAGCAGGGGGCAGUGUUGCAGAACAGUAAAGACAAUACGUCCCUUCCAUCCAAAUAUCCUCAUCUUUCUAACCGAUCAGUGGGAAGCUUCUGUCCCUUUAUAAAGAUCCCAUAACCAUCUGAUAAGUGUGUGUGGGAUGCAGUGUAUUUGUACAGCUCCCCUGGACCCCCCCGACUGGCUUUAUCUACAGAAACACCACCCCCCCCCCAAAUGAUCUAACACAGAAUGACCCCCCAACACUACAAUGAAAGGAUGGGGCUGGUAACUGCAGGGUCUUUACCUCUUGGUCUCACAUCUUUUCCCCACAAUCGGCUCCUUGUGCCACACGACUGGGGGGGCAGAUCUGUCAGACUGGGGUCUGUGUGUCUGUGGCACAUACACGUUCCUUUCUGUUCAUUGUCCCAGUUCUCAUUUGAAACCAGGUUGAAAUUUGCCUGAACCCCAGAAUCCUGACCCAGAGUCUCAUUUGUUCCCGUCUCUAAAGGAUCUCACUGAAUCCCCAGAACCUUCCUCAGCCUCCAUCUUACUUUUCCUCCCUUUAUCUCUCUCCUCCUCUUCCUCAUUAUCCUCUCCAGUUCUCAUUUACCCAGCGCUUCCCAAGACCCCUCUGUCUCUCACAUCUGUUCUUCUCAAAAUGUAUUUUGCCCACAAUAUUUUGGCUUUUUUCAUUCAAUGUCCCUACUGCCCUGUAUUGCUCUAUCCUAUGGCUUCUAACUGGUUCUGAUAUAGCAAAACAAUCUUCCUUCCCAGCCUGUCGCUCCUCCCUCCCCUGACCCCAGCCUGUUGCUCCUCCCUCCCCUGACCCCAGCCUGUUGCUCCUCCCUCCCCUGACCCCAGCCUGUUGCUCCUCCCUCCCCUGACCCCAGCCUGUUGCUCCUCCCUCCCCUGACCCCAGCCUGUUGCACCUCCCUCCCCUGACCCCAGCCUGUUGCUCCUCCCUCCCCUGACCCCAGCCUGUUGCACCUCCCUCCCCUGACCCCAGCCUGUUGCUCCUCCCUCCCCUGACCCCCAACAUGUUGCUCCUCCCUCCCCUGACCCCAGCCUGUUGCUCCUCCCUCCCCUGACCCCCCCGCCUAUGGUCAGUACCCCAAACUCAUUAUCUGGGCUCAAACCCAAAGCCUCUUUUCAUCAGGUUCGUUGCCUCAAAGCACCAUUCUGGGAUCCCCCAACACCCAGACAGCCCAGAGAGAAUAAAGUACCAAUGUACCCUCACUUUCCUAUUUGGGUUUUAUACCAGCCAAUCCCCUUUCAUUGCCCUCUUUCCUCUGACCCCGACAUUAUUUGGGCAGGUUUGGGAUCCAGUCUGUGGGCUCUGGGUGCCUUUCCCAUACUGACUCCCCAUCCCUUGGGGCUGCAGAGAACCUGGAAAAGUAUCAGGAUGAAGUAGAUCCAAUUGCUGAUGUUCCUAAUGAUAAUGAAAUGGAUGUGAUUGGUUAUUGUCUCCCUCUUCUACAGCCAAUGACUGCAGUAGGUGACAUGAAGUGACACUAAGCAGCCAGCAGAGGGCAGUCACAUUCUAUAGGCAGAAGCUGCCUCACCCUGAGGGGCACCCAAGGAUACACAGAAGGUUUGUGGGUACAAGUGGUUGAGUUGGAGGAUGGGGGGUACGUGCAUAGCAAUAGGGGUGGCAGUAUUGGGGUACAUAAUGGCUGGAAUACAUUUGGGUCAAGAAGGUUUGUAAUUUCUCAGCCUUUGAUUCCAGAACAGAGUGAGAGUUGCAGGGAAAUGAUUCUGCCAUAGGGGCCCGGGGUUUGUGUAACUGCCCUUGUGAUAUAAACCUUAUGACUAAGUGUCAGACACACACAAAACACGUAAGGCUGUGUGAGAUGAAUAUUUAAUAAAGGUUAUUUUUUAAUUUUU